GGCGGCCCCCCUGCCACGGGGGGGCUCGGCGCCCCUCGCAGCGGCCGGAUUAGGUACUUCCUUUCUGACUUGCAGUAGCAGAGAGAAACCAAAGACGUUGAAGGAAGACGCCGGCUGCCUCUUGCUCUGCAGUAACCGUGCUGCAGCAAUGAGAUUAUAGCGAGCCCUUCCUGUGUGGCCUCCAUGGGUCCCACUCAACUCAGCACACAGGAUCAUGGGAAGAGGGUGGCAAGUGUAUUUGAGAUGGAGGAGGAAGGGCUUUCACUCUUCUCUGGCUCAGAGAACCCCCCUGAGCAUGCAGAAAAUCCCCCCUUGAAGCGGAAGAAGGGCCCAGCCCCAAAGAUGCUGGGAAAUGAAGUGUGCAGCGUGUGUGGCGACAAGGCCUCAGGCUUCCACUACAACGUGCUGAGCUGCGAAGGCUGCAAGGGCUUCUUCCGCCGCAGUGUCAUCAAGGGUGCCCAGUAUGUCUGCAAGAACGGCGGCAAGUGUGAGAUGGACAUGUAUAUGCGCCGCAAGUGCCAGGAGUGCCGGCUGCGCAAGUGCCAGGAGGCGGGCAUGCGGGAGCAGUAUGUUCUGUCUGAAGAGCAAAUCCGGCUGAAGAAGCUGAAGAAACAGGAGGACGAUCAGGCUCGGACAGUCGUGGUGCGUCCAAACCCUCCACAUCCACCAAGCCCUUCCCACAAACUGACGCCUGAACAGUUAAGCAUGAUAGAAAAGCUCGUGGCCGCUCAGCAGCAGUGCAACCAGCGCUCGUUCACAGACAGGCUCAAAGUGACGCCAUGGCCCCAAGUUCCUGACCCUAAUAACCGUGAAGCGAGGCAGCAGCGUUUUGCUCACUUUACAGAACUUGCAAUUAUCUCUGUGCAAGAGAUUGUGGACUUUGCCAAGCAAUUGCCCGGCUUCCUGGAGCUCACCAGGGAAGAUCAGAUCGCUUUAUUGAAGACAUCUACCAUAGAGGUGAUGUUAUUGGAGACAUCUCGACGCUACAAUCCGGAGAUUGAGAGCAUCACUUUUCUUAAGGACCUGAGCUAUAAUCGGGAUGACUUCGCCAAAGCAGGUGGUGCAUUAGACAGGUGUGAACUUGCUUUGGAAAAUUUGGACACUUACAGCGUGACAGACUUGCUGUGUGGAUGUCUGCAGUCUUGCAGCAUGCACUCAAGUUUAGCCCUGGUUUCUGGGGGAACUAAGGUUGAGUUCACUUUCUGGGGGUACCCCACUUCUGGUGUGUAUGCUCCCCUUAGCUCACUGUGUGAGGGUGGCGUGCACCUAGGGCCGGCAGCUGGUGUGAACUUCCUUACUGGUAAAGAGCUGACGGGGGUGUGUUCUUAGGGCUCCGUCAGAUCACAGCAAAUCAAACCCCAGUCUUUUCCCCUUUGCACUGUAUCACUUGGCAAUGUGGAGGCUUGCUUUGGGUGAUGAUGUUAGUGUAUGUUCAAGUUGAUACGAAGUCUAUAAUGUGUGUUGAAGAUCCCUGCAGAAUGCGGCAGACAUGUCACUGGCUUGGUAUGUGUUGAUCAGCGGUGACAUGACUUCUGAAUUGUGUUUUUCCAGGAGCACUGAGUAUUUGUAGUUUCAAAUUAAGUGAAAUCAAGUGCAUAUCUUCAGCAUUCCUGAAAAGGAGAUUUUGGCUGUUCUUCAUGUGAUUUUGGGGGUUUCUUGUGUAGCUAUUUAACAUUUUGUAUUCAAGAUGUCCUUCAUUACUUUCCUAUCCUUGUAUAGCCAGGAAUUCCUGAUAGUGGACCUUUUCAGCAGUUUAAUCUCACCCAGUGAUAUAACUCUUGCUUGUUAAGGCUUUCCAAGCCUUACCAUACACAUGGUUUGCUGAGAGACCAUAUGAAAUAUGGGAGCAGUGGCAGGUUGUCCAGAUUGUCUUGCAAUGUCAUAUAUGUAAGGACUAGUCUAGAAGAAUUAAGCCUCAGCCCUUUAAGUCUUACUGUCAUGGUUUCUGUUUAGAACCGUCUUUUGGUCUUGCUCACUGGUAAUUGAAUUGCAGGGUAGCUUUUAAGGCAUGUGCUAUUCUUCCUUCUUUCCUUCACUUCUUGUUGUCUUCCCCUACCAGGUGAUGCUUCCAUGGCAUGACCCAAAGGCUAAUUGCAAACCAUAGAUUCUUAUUACCUGGCAUGGACCAAGUUCAGGGUACUCCAGCCCACUGAUGGCCUUCUAGGAGCUUACCGCCUCAGCAUGCCACCUAACUUCACUUUGAAAUUGGGAUGCUGUUUCUCAUAACAAGGGUUCAAAACUCUAGGGAACUGAACUUUUUUUUUUCCUUUUUUUUUCUUCUUUUUUUUUUUUUCAGGUUUUAAUAAACGCUUUUGUUCCUUGAUGCUCUCCCUGGUAGCCUUUUCUUCAGAUUAUUAGGAAAGCAAAAAGCAGGCAGUCCAGAGAGGCGCCCUCCAUCUUGCUCUUCCUUCUCUGAUGCAGUUGUACUACAGGAAAUGAGAAACUUAGAUGCUUUUUUGGGGGAAAGGUUUUAAGUUUUCAGCAUGUUUGUGUAGCACAUAGCACAUGGAGACCAGAUAUGAUGGUGUCCUCUAUGUUGUGACAGAAUAAGUAUCAUUGCAGUUCUGCCAGGCUGUGUUUAUUUGAAAAAUUGUAGAAUGGCUUGGGUUGGAGGAAACUUUAAAGAUCAUCUGGUUCCAACCCCUCUGCUGUGAGCAGGGAAAUCUUCUGCUAGACCAGGUUGUUCAAAGCUCCGUCCAACUUGGCCUUGAACACUUCCAGGGAUGGAGCAAGGUGAUAGGAAGCAUAGGUCAGACUCUUCCUUAUCUCUCUCAGCUUUGAAAUGAAUUGAAGUAGUUCAGACCUCUUGGAAUUGUAUUUUUUUGGCUCAGACCGACUACAGAUGAAUCAGCAGCAUGGGAUUAAAGCUUCUUUGGAAGCAGGAGGGCUGCCAGGCUUGAAAGCGAUGGUGUUGUGAGAGUGGAAAGUGUAGAUCUUGUAAUUGCAGGUUUCUGACUUUGUGACAGACUUAUCUGAGAACUGAUAAUGUGCUCCUUUAGAUACUGCCUACUACUGUGUUGAGGGACAUGUAAGGCUCAAAGAAAGCCAGAAGUUAAAGUUAGGGCCUGACUCCUCACCUGCUGUUGUUGGUGUUCACAUUGUACAAUGUGAAGGGCGGUUUCAACCACACUUGGGGUAUAUAUAAUAUAAGGGUAUUUGCCUGCUUACCUGCCUUCCCUGCUCCCUGGCGUACUGAGUGUGUUUCUGACAGCUUACCUUUUGAGAGGGAGGGAGACAGAGGAGGCAAUUGGCAUUGUUGACACUUACUCUCUUCUUU